CUCUCACAGUACAGAAUUACGUUACAUGGGAGGGAUAUUAGAGGUUUUUUUCAGCCAGCAGCCCACUGUAUGUAAUGUAAAACGUAAUUCUUGUGAAACGCACCACUAAUUUUGCUACUGAAAGUCCGACCUGCAUCACAGUCUCGCAUUACCAUUACAUUAAACUGUGGGGAUUUGCUAGUAGGAAGCUGUGUCCUACUGUAUGUGUAUUCUACUAUGGUUACUAGAGGUGUGCAAAAUUUCCGAUUCUUAGAUUAUUCGCGAUUCAGCCGUGGAAAAUUCGAGAACGAUUCACAAACAUCCAAAUUCCGAUUAUUGAAAUAUGCCAAGUAAAGCAGAAGUACGACACACUCAGCGCGCCGCGCGGUCUUCGGUACGCAAUUAGGGACGGAGCGAGAGUAGCUAAGCAUCAUGCUUCUCAUUACCCGGCCCCUCGGGUAACGCCAAUGCUCAACUCACGGCUCUAGCUCAACUCAUGCCACGAGAUAAAAAAAAAAAAAAACAACAACAUACCUGACUGCUGCCGAAAAGCUGCUACAAGUCACAUUAUGUUACGGUAGAUAUCAUUUAUAUAGGACUAGAUGCAUUAUAGCUUCGGUAUCGUUACCAGCACAUCUACAAAAAACUAGAUGCGGGCGUAGUAACGGCCGCCAUCUUAAAGCAGUACACUUCCCUGCAAGGCUGUUGUUGCGAACCUUCCAAGCGAACCUAAUUAACUUUUUAUCUAAAAUACUCCUAAAUCGGUAAAAUAUUGACUUGAAUCUAUCUUUAAAAUAGUUUUAAAACUUUUACAUGUUGAAAGUAGACAAAAGAGAAAUUAUGGAAUAACAGGAGCAAUUUUAACAACUUUAACGGUUGAUUCACAACAUUAAAUUAAUUGAAAGUAGUUUAAAGCUGGGCACUGUCGUUUUUUAUUUACUGUUAUUUUUGUAUAUUUGUUUACUGCUAUAUGUUAACUUGAUACUGAAAUAGUAGUUUGGUUUAGCCUGAGAGGAUUUUUGAACAAUUUUGGAACUAAUGUACAAAACAAAUUUAAAAAAAAAAAAAAAAAAAAAAAGGAGUGGGGUGCAUCAAUAAUCGUUUUAUAAUCGAAUCGGAGCCUCUGAAUCGUAAUCGUAAUCGAAUCGUUAGGUGCCCAAAGAUUCCCAGCUCUAAUGGUUACUGUCGAAACUUGAUUGUUUACGUGUAAGUAAAGGAUCACACUCAAAAUGAACAAACCACUAAUUUUUUAAAAACACAAUAAACUGAAUGACCGAUUGCCUCGCGUGCACACUUCCAUAUUAGUUUCAUCAAUACUGCCGCUAUUUCCGUAAUUGGCAACUUACUAGUACAUAAGACAGCAAGGGUACGGCGGCUCAUGAGUGUCAAACAACAUUUAACCAAAUGUUCUACAAUAACAUUAAUUAAACUAAGAAAUAUAGUAAACUGCUCAGCUGUAAGAAAUUUAGUGUACCUAGGCAUACCCGCUUUCUCCCCAGUUUUAAGUAUAUUUUACUCAGAUUUCUUAAAAUAAUAUAAAAUAGCUAGCUAAAAAUAAGAUUAACAGACUAAUUUUAAGUAAAAAAAUUUUUGUAUAGUCUUAAAAAAAUUUCUUUGCCAGAAAUGUUCUUAAUUCAGUAAUACAAAUAGCUAUAUAGCAUUUUUUUUCUUGAUUUAGGUGAAAAAUGACCGACUUUUAUAUGUAUAGGCUUAAUAAGAACAAAUGGUAAUAUUUACUAUAAGUGGAAGAAUCUGACGCAUCAAUAUGUUAACUAGCCUUUAAAACUCAAAACAAGAUGAAAAUUAUUCAACUAGAUUCAAGAAAAAGUCACAGAUUGAGACGUUAUACUGUAAAUUUGCAGUGUGAAAGUUAGUAUCGGUCAAGACAGAUUAAUUUUGCAUCAAUCAUCGAGCCUAUCAAUUAAUUAGGUUCUUCUUGGAGAGAAAUGUAGCCCUGACCGCCUUUCACCCAAUCUGUUUAGUUUUAUUAAUGUCCCAUCCCCUGGAAAAUGUCUACAUGCAGGUUAUGAUUAAGGGUAUAUUGUCCCUACCAACAUUUAGACCAAACCUACGCCCUUGCAGUAGAGGUCCCUCUUAGCCAUUUGGAUGCCAGGAAGAUGCCAGGUAAUAGCCAAUGACAGAGCAGCCAUAAGUAUGCUAUGUUCAGUAAACUCUGGGAGCUGCGAGUAGCAGCCCCUACUGUAUUUUUGCCUCUUGUAUCCUGAAGUUUCUUUCGUAACGAGGCUAUAUUUUCCCGUGUCGUAACUAAACUUGAGAAUGAUAAAUCGAUUCGACCGGAUAUCCGGUUUUACAGGUGAGAGAUAAAGACGUAUCGAUAGUAAACUUAGCAUUCGACGGUAAUUAGCCAUUAAAUAUUCAAUGAACCGAUAGUAGAGAUAGAAUUCGGCUAUCGCGAGCAAAAGAAUCGGCUUCUAAUGCCUAGUUUGAUGCAUUGCUUAAUAUGAUAACAAUUUAGCUUUUACUUCACAUGCAGCGCUUGUGUCAUUCACCAUACAGCGCACUUAGAUUGAGACCGCACGCAUAUUAGAUGGACAAACACCACUCACAGUCGUGGUUGCCUCAACCUCCCAUGCAUUUUGGCAGAACCGCUACUAGUCGCCGUUAGAGGUGGGAAUCUUUGGGCACCUAACGAUCCGAUUACGAUUCAGAGGCUCCGAUUCGAUUAUUAAUCGAUUAUUGAGGCACAACCCCCCACUGCUUUUAAUUUUUUGUACACUAGUUUCAAAAUUGUUCAAAAAUCCUCUCAGGCUAAAUAAACUACUAUUUCACUAUCAAGUUAAGCAUUAAAAACAGUAAAUAAAAUACUUAAGUCCCGACAGCUUUAAAAUACAUUCAAUUAAUUUAAUGUUGUGAAUCAACAGUUAAAGUUGUUAAAAUUGCUCCCGUUUUUCCAUAAUUUCCCUUCUGUCUACUUUUGACGUGAAAGUUUUAAAACGGUUUCCUCAUUUAAAGAUAGAUUCAAGUCAAGAUUUUGCUGAUUUUUUUUUUUUUUUUUUUUUUAGAUAAAAAGUAAUUAGGUUCACUACAACAGAGCCUUCUAGAGAAGGCUGCUUUAAGAUGGCGCCUGUUUACUAGCGCGGGAAAGUCUGUCAUUUUGCAUCUAGUUCUUGGUAUGUGAUCUAACACGGCCGUCGUCUGUCAUUCCACAUCUAGUUCUAGAUCUAUGUGAUAUCUACCAUAGCCGUAUUUUGCCGUAUGUUUGUAGCAACUAACUGGGCGCUGUUUGUAGCGGCUGACGGCCGCAGUCAGGUAUUAUUGUUUUUUGUUUUUUUUAUCUAGCGGCAUGAGUUGAACAUGAUAUUUACUCUCGGUCCGUUCUUCAUUGCGUCCCGAAGACCGCGCUGACUGUGUUUUUUUAUUUCCGCUUUACCUGGUAUAAUUCAAUAAUCGGAAUUUGGAUGUUUGUGAAUCUUUCCCAAAUCUUCCACAGCCGAAUCACGAAUAAUCUAAGAAUCGGAAAUUUCGCACGCCUCUAGUCUCCGUCAUUCCCCGAUCGUCACGGGCUUGUCAUAACAACGCGAGAGCUAACAAAACCACUGUAACGCAUGCCCCGUAGCAUUUUCUUCAAAGCCCAAAACGAAACUAGUAGUGGCAACGAAGCAACAUGCUAAAACAAUGGACAGUUUGAGCACCGACGCCAGCGACGUGCCGCAAUUGAUUUUCAACGCACCCAGGAAAACAAAAGUCGGACUUUGAAAUGAUGAAAGGAGCCAGAUCUGUUCGCAUGGGACAGAGCUAGUGUGAUGUGUGGAGCGGUACAGAGAUCGUGAGUGUUUAACCCUGAAAAAUAACUCACUACAAUGGUGGAAAGGGCAGCGCGACCCUCUGGAGAUUUUGUUUCCACGAAACGCAGUCUACUUAAACAUGAAUAUGUGGACGAGUUGAUCUUCAAGAAAAAUCUGCCCUUCAAAAAAGAUAUGGACAGUGAUGAGGAAUAAAAAAUGUGGAAGCACAGGCAUAAGUGAAUGACUUUGCUGUGUAUAAGGUUAAAGUAAUGAUUAUUGACCUGUCUGUCUAAAAUGCCAUGUUUUUAUUUCCCCAAUUAUACCAGUGGUAAAGCAUAAUUUAUUAUUUAUGAUAACACUAGAAGGUUUAAUUCUUUUUUCUAGAGCUGCUGCAUAUAAUUAAUAUUUUUUGCUUGUAAGAUGUUUACGUUGAACGUUUGCACUGUAAUUACUUACCUAUUGUGUUCAAAACACCAGGAAAGACAGUAAUUGAAUUACUGCACUUUAUUGAUAUCUGUCACUGCAGUUCUAUUUUAUUAUCAAUCCCAUCCAACAAAAUGACAGUCAUAAAGUAAGCCUUUUUUUUUCAUAAAAAAUAAAACAACAUUGGUAUGAAAUUUUGUUUAAUUUUGCUAUUAGAAAAGUGGUCUUUUUUAUAUGUUUAAAAUACUGUACGAACACACACAACAAAUGUUUACUAUUGUAUCGUUUUCACUCUGUAUCGAACUGUAUCGUUCUUAAACUGUAUCGAAUCGUAUCGAAUUGCUCGGCCUUAAAAAUGUAUCGUUUUAUAAUCGAAUCUUAACCUGUGUAUCUAGAUACAUAUCGAAUCGGCUUCAUGCCAGAGAUUCCCAACCCUAGUCGUAACCCGUAAAAUUCCAUUUAUAGAAACGAUCGUGUAAGUAGAAGUAUGUUGUAAUGUUAUCCUCUAAUGUCGGUUGUUGAUUUAGGUGCAUUACCUCUACCACCCACUGGAUUUAAGGAGGACUAACUCCAACACGAUUCCCGUACUGUGACGGUACGGGACAAACAGAAAUACUGUUAGGCUUUUAGUCUGUAAGUAUAAGGCCACAGGCACACCCAAACUAUGAAAAAAAGUGUGACCUAUACUCCAGAAAAUAUGAUAAUAAUUUGUAUAUGUAUGACUGGUGAAUUGACAAGCAAAAAAUGGCGCUUGUCGUCAUCUUACAGUACUCACAAAAGCUCAGUGCCCAAUUUGUAAAUCAUAAGGUGCCGGAAAGCAAAGUACAUAUGACAGCGCAGGGAUGAUGCGACAGGCACAGGUCCCGGAUCAUACGCAGAAAAUGGUGCUGAAAAUAACACGCUGGUUGUUGCUUUCCUGACUCGUUUUGAACCAUCUUCCUUCUGUUUGAAAAAAAGACAGUUAAUGCAACUGUCUUUUUGGCAUGUUGAAAUACUGUUUGAUCCUAGCUGCUUGCUCCCCAGAUGCUGCAAAUUUCCGCAAAGUUUCUUUUUUAUGUCCGGGGCGUGAUUUGUUGGUCCAGCUUUUUAGUGCAUCAACAAAUCUCCGAUUCUUGCAAAUGACGUUAAAUUUUUAUAAACAACAUGCAAUUCUUGGGAUUUGUUCUGCAAAUGAAUUCAUGCAUAUUAUUAUUUAUACUGUAAUGUUUGUAACUAAGCACGGUCCCUUUAAAAGACGCUGUGACUGGAGAGCUGUGAGGUAGUAGGAAGCGAGGAAGCAAAAGUUCGCGGUUGAAUGUGGCGGCAGUCAGCUGUUAUUUUGUUUGUUUUCUUAUUGUUGCCACAAUAAAGUGAAGAAAGCCAUCAACAACUCCGCUCCUUCUUUCUCCCCGUUCAGGGGCAUUACAAUACAUUUUUUAAAAACGUUUUUAUAUUAUUAUUAUUUUCUAUACAUGAGAGGUGCAGGAUAUGCGCAAAUAAGUCCCGGAACACAGGGAGGCCAAAAUCAAGAGGUGCCGGAUCUUGUUCCGGCAAGAUCCGGCACAAAUUAACCUCUGCUAAAGCUAAUAUUUAGCAAGAGCACUGUUGCUAGUCUCAUGCUGUAUAAAGAACCGGGGUCUUUUUGGUUCAUCCUUUGUUCUCUUAUCGCUUCAUGUCUAUUAAAAGGAGAGCGAGGGCAAGACAAGGGAGUGUGUGAGAGAGUGAACACCUUAUGCCAUGUCCUCUCGCUGCUAAUGUCUCCUGACGACGCUAAAAAAACAGAUUUAUUGUCAGCCUGUCGAGAUUUGUGCUCGAUGAGCCUCGGCAACCCCGUAUGGGGUCGUCUUGCUACCUCAUUAGAUUUUCUUUUGCUUCUCAUCUUUAUUUCUAGCGGACUUCUUUUACAUGUGCUAUCAACCAAACCUACCUAGUUUUUGUCUCCAAGAUGUGAUCGACAAGUAGGUCAAUGGCUUUUUAAGAUCUCAGAGGUGUAGGAGUUGGCUUUCCUUCUCAAAAUAAUGCCAGGACCCCACGCUGCCUGCGAAAACAAACACCUCACUUAGGAGUAUUGUAUUCGGGACCUCACCGGACACGCAAGUUUCCAUUCAAAAUAUUGCGUGGAUGCAGACACGGUGACCCGUGCCCUUCCUUUGGCAUUAGCGGGUGCCGCUGCUAUUGUUGGGGAACUUAACUGGUUAAUAUUUAACCGCCUAGGCAUGGGAUCACAGAAAAGAUGGUGCUUCUUUGGACUCUUUUGGAUUGAAUUGUAUUAUCAAGGUUUGCCUUGAAGAAGUUCCUUGUUCUACUGCUCGGUAACUACAGGUGUCAGUUGUUACUUUAGUGUUCCUCGUGUACCAUUCACUUCCUGUUUCCUUCCCACAGACUGCCUCCGUUUCCCCAAUCAGUUUGGAUGCUCGUUGGCCUCCCAACCACCACCUCUUUCCUCUUUCUGUCUGAACCCGACUGCAGCUGUUUAUUUUUGGUCAAGGUGUCUUCCUGUUCGAGUUUUUUUUUUUUUGUUCCUGCCACAGCAAUGACAAAUUACAUUAGGCCUUAGGUCAUAUGUAAGUGCAUCAUCUCCAUUUCAACUUGUUUUCCAGUGUAUAACAAUGCAAGAUUAGCAUAGCGUGCGACAAGUAGAGCACCAUAUGGAAAGACGGAUCGAUGCAGUUCAAUGUAGCUCGUGAUGGUUACAGGAACUGUAAAUUUUGAUCCGACUGUUUCUGAAGGCAUUAGCCACGUCAAUAGCGCAACACUGUGACCUUGCGCUGAAUUCAACCAAGAUGAUUAAAAUGUAAACAAAGGUGCACAUUGUGGCGCUUUGUGUUUUUCAAUUUAACAGAACGACUAUUGUCCUUUGGCUGCACUGGUAGUGAAGUGAUACAUCUGGCUUGCAUUCAUGCUGGUUUAUUUCCUGAUCUUUGGUGGGCGUCAGACAAACAAAAGAUAAGAAUGAGCAUGUUGGAAUUCUCAACAAACUUUGUACUUUUGCCAGUCAACAGGUCACGCUUUUGAGUUGCCUCCUUUACAGUCUUUUUGAUAUUGGAAUGCUGUGCUGGCCCUUGUAAAAAAAUUGAAGCAAAACACUCUGGAGGUGUUAAUUUAUGCAAGUAUUCUAACUAGGACUGUGACAAUAUAUCAAAAAUGUGAUAUACUGCGAUACUUUGUAGCCCAAAAGGUUAUCCAAAUGCUUCCAGCAAGAGUCCAACACAAGGAACCAAGACGUUUGCAUCCAAAAUCUUUGAUUAGUAAAGUGUCUACGUUAGCUCGGUGGCUGCCAUUGACCGCGAUGGACAUCCAAUUCAUCUUGACUGGUUUGGACGUCUUGCACCGUCAAUGACACUGAAACCAGAGCAUUCACAGCUAGUCUUUUGUGGGCAUUUACAGGUCAAUUCCUGUUCAUUUUGAGUGACUUCCUAUUCAUUUGGGGACAUUUUUGACUCACUUCCUUUUCAGUAACCCGAAAUCAACAGGAAGUGACCUGUAAAUGCUCUAAAAUCAACAGAAAGUGAGCCGAAAUUAAUAGGAAGUUAGCCGGGGGUGCCCCAAAAUCGAGAGGAAAUUACCCAAAAUGCACAGGAAGUGAGCUGAAAUCAAUAGGAAGUGACCAAUGAACAGGAGAAGAAUGAACAGGAGAAUGCCCCGAAAUCAAUAGGAAGUUCGCCGGAAAUGCCCUAAAAUCAGCAGGAAGUGACCUGUAAUUGCCCUGAAAGGAAAAAUGAAGUGACUAAAAAUUAACUUAUUGCCUGGCAUUGGCUGCAACUGACGGCCAUAGACGUCAAAUCUGACUGAAGUGGGAGGGAUGGCCAGUUCAAACGGAUUGGAUGUCUACUACUGAUACUCAUUCAAAUUUAGAGCAGAAGGAUGAAAAUAGCUUGUUUUCUGUUUAUUAGCCGUUUUGCAGAAUAUCCUAGAAGGAUUUCCUGUCCCGUGUAUCGAUAAUUGUUGUAUUCCAAAUCAUAUCGUAUUGUGAGUUACCCACCCCCCGUUCUAGCACCUAUAACACUGUCUGCAAACACUUGAGUUUGUGCGUCUGCUGCAUACAAAUGAGUAUACACUGAUUUACUACUAGCGCUCUAAGAUGACACCCCUUGAGAAGAAAGCCUUGUUUUUUGGUACAAAAUGGAAGGUGAAUUGUUCCACAGCUGAGAUUUUCACAUUUCUUGCUUGUCACGAUUUGGCUCUAGGCCUCUAUCUCACAAUGGAUCCAUAUAUAGUGUAUGUACUUUGUAUAUGCGUGGGCGAGUGAGGUCGUUGUUGUUUUCCAAGAGAUGAUUGAAAGCGAUAUUGUUCAGGGUCGCGUAUGGAAGGUCACCGCGUGUUCUAUACUAGGCGAUCAAUGCUGUGUCCUAGCUGCUGUUCCACUUCACGCUGGGAUGAAAAAAAAGCCCCCCGCACACAUUAGCUUCUGCUUUGGAACUGAAGGUCGGUUGAUCCGGGGAUGAAUCGCAUGAACUGGAUGACUGUGUUAUUUGUCGGAUUAAGAGAGCAAUAAAAUCUUAGAGUAGUGUUGUACAUUUCGGUCGGUUUAUGUCAUGUGCCUAUCCACGGGGAGAAGGAUGAUUAGUGUAUGAAGUCAGCACACUGUGGCGACAAUAGGAAUUCAGGUCACUUUGAGACAUCGGGCCAGAGCCAAAGAAGACAAUGUCCAAGUCACGAGAUUGAAAAAAAACUGGGUUACACUUCCUCUUUUUUUGUCUUUUGCAAGUACAACCAGAUCGCAGCGUAUGUUUUGAGUGAGACUUCCCUCGGUCUCUCGCUCCGUGACCCUUAAUGACCUCCACCUUCAUGUAAUGAAAAGCGCCUUUGUCCGCACUACUGAUUGGAAAAGUUCUCACAGUACUUUUCCCUUUGAGGUCUUGGCAAACCUUGUUAGAAUGUGAUUUGCUGACUUGUGUAAAUACGAUAUGACACAAAACGUGCAAGAUACUCAACUCCAGUCGGAAAUCGGAACAAUAUGUACUUGUGAGCGAUUAUACAUUCCAAACCCUCUUAUGGUGCAGGCCCCACCUCUCGGUACCUCCAGUGCCCCCCUCCUGUACUUGCCCAUUGCCAAAUCCACUCACCCCAAUAGCAGUUGCAAACCAGCCCGAAUGCGCGCAAGCGGAGUAGUUUUUGGUGUUGCCAGAAGAGAAGAUAAUGAAAGUGUUUCGAGAUUUUGGAACGUCGAAAUAAAGUGCAGAAGUGGCAGUUGUGGCUCGGUUUCAAGACAGACCCAAAGCGGCCUCCCUGCCGGCCUACUCUUGCUCCGGCGUUCCGACGAGCGGUCGGCUCCAGAGACGGAUGGGGGUUUGCAAGGUUGACGACUUCAGCUUCGACAGCUUUGAGCUGCUGUAUGCCGGAGCGGUCGAAAGGCUGAAGAACCACAAGAGUAGCGGCGGCCUCAAGGAGGAGCUGAGGAAGCUGCGCGAGGAGACCAAUGUGGACUCCUUGCGACAGGAGCUGGAGAGGGAGCGGAGCAAGCGCCUAGACCUGGAACAGAAGAUGGGUGACGUACUUAAAACCAGACUGGAGGAUUCUCCACCGCAACCUCCUAGAAAACAACAGUCGCCCUCUAAUAAUGGAACAGCCGACAAACAGCAGAAAGAAGUAUGGAGCUCACGGCUUCAAAAGUGGUUGUACGAGCGAUUCGGCGUCUACAUCGAAGACUUCCGCUUCCAACCCGAGGAGAGCACCGUGGAGGCCGAGGAACCGCUAAGUGCUAAAAGGUUGACUGAAAACAUGAGGAGACUCAAGCGAGGAGCUAGACCCGUCACCAACUUCUUAAGGAACCUCUCCGCCUUAUCGAAUUGGCAUUCUGUCUACACCUCAGCUAUUGCCUUCAUUAUCUACAUGAAUGCUGCUUGGCAUGGCUGGGCCUUCCCCAUGUUCCUCUUCCUGGCCAUCUUGCGCUUGUCUUUAAAUUACCUCAUUGCUAGAGGUUGGAGGAUCCAGUGGAGCAUUGUGCCUGAGGUCUCGGAACCUAUGGAGCCGCCAAAGGAAGACCUGACUGUGUCGGAGAAGUUUCAGCUCGUCCUUGAUGUUGCACAAAAAGCACAGAACCUUUUUGGUAAGAUGGCAGACGUUUUGGAGAAGAUCAAGAACCUCUUCAUGUGGGUGCAGCCUGAGAGCACCCGAAAACUGUACAUCUGCCUGUGGGUGGCUUUCAUCACCUCCUGCGUGCUGCCAUACAAACUCAUGGGCUUCAUGAUCGGCCUGUACGCCGGCAUUAAGUUCUUCAUCAUAGACUUCCUGUUCAAGAGCUGCCCCAAGCUGCGCGACAAGUAUGAUACGCCGUACAUUGUGUGGAACAGCCUCCCCACAGACCCCCAGCUCAAGGAGAGGACCAACGCAACUGUGUCUCGCCGGCUGUCAACCACAGAGAAGGUUCAGCCAGUUGCUUCCCGAGGCAGCCUAGCGACGGUGCCUUGCGGCGUUAACCGCGAGGAGGACGCCGGCCGCUCUCACAGCACCAAGAAGGGCGCCUUCCACGAGAUCUUUAACCUCCCGGAGUCCGAGCGCCCUCUGACAGUUUGCGAGAACGGCUGGAGGUGUUGCUUGAUAAAUCGAGACCGAAAAAUGCCCACGGAUUAUAUUAGGAACGGGAUGCUUUACGUCACGGAGAAUUAUUUGUGCUUUGAGAGCUCCAGUUCCAGAUCAGGUUCCUCCAAGAAGAAUAAAGUCAUCAAACUGGUGGAUAUUACUGACAUACAAAAGUACAAGGUGCUUUCUGUCCUCCCGGGAAGUGGAAUGGGCAUAUCAAUUGCAACUCCUUCUACUCAAAAGCCGCUGGUGUUCGGCGCCAUGAUCCACAGAGACGAAGCCUUCGAGGCCAUCUUCACCCAGUACACCAAGGUGGUCACCACCAGCAAGCCGCCGGCCGCCAACGCUGCGGCCGCCGGCGUUGAAAUUUAGACGCGUGCAAUCCAAAUUCUUCCUGGACGCUGAUGUUCUUUUUUAAUUCAUCCUAGCAAAGAGGCCGGUCCUCCCAAAGUCAACUGACUGUUCCCCUCUGUGUUGCAUGUAUGGCAAAGUUGUUUUAUUUUUUAAAUCAUAACUGGAAUAUUUUUAUCCAAUCAUGUUCAAUAACUGUGAAAACCACACAUAUGAAGCCUUUGUGUAGUUUACAGUUUCUUUCCUUCAGUGUUUUGUGCAAAGGUGUAACACGGAGUGUCCCUUUUUUUUUUGGUUCAGAUAUGCCUUUUCUUACCCGUUCGGGCUGACUGAGCACAAAAGAACAUUUUGCGUUUCAGCACAACGUGGUAUUAAAGCGGCUCUCAUUUCCCUGCACUUUACUACUAAAGGUCGUUCAACUGGACUCUCAAUCACUUCCGGUCAGGUGAUUUGACAAACAGAAGAAAAAAAAACGAGUAAAGCUGGUCUUAACUCGGUCGACGUGUGGAAAUGUACUACUCACGUGGCAUCUUUUCCGUUUUUUGAGGUCGUUCCUCGAUUAGAGUGAAGUUGGACCCCCAUAUUGUACAUUAAAAAUAAACACUGUCAGUCGUUUGAGCGGUUAUAAUUUUUGAGAUAUUAAUGAUUCUUCUAUAGGUCAGUCUGAGGUCACCAGCCCCCCGCACACACACAUUCUCCGAUUCGCUCUGAACCAGUCGCAAACAUUUGUGCCACAAAAAUGUUUGUGCUGUUAUGGAUUUUGGGAAAUUAACGUUUCAUUUUUUUAAUCACGUGACGUCGCAGCAGCCCCCCCAUUGUCAGAUUCACUUCAAACUUGUCGCAAACGUUUGUGCCGCAAAACCUAUUGUUUGUGCCUUUGCGAUAUCAAUUAUUCUAUUUUAGGUUAGUCUGAGGUCACCAGUCCCCGCAUAUUGUCCAAUUUGCUCCAAAUCGGCGCAAACGUUAGUGCUAAGUUUGUGCUAUUAUGGAUUGUGAGAUAUUAACGUGAUAUAUUUUUUUUAAUCACCUGACAUCACAUGCCCCCCCCCCCCCACCCGCAUUGUCUGAUUCGCUCCAAACCAGUCGCAAACGUUUGUCCUAAGUUUGUGCAGUUCUAAUUUUUGAGAUAUUAAUAAUUCUUUUAUAGGUCAAUCUGAGGUCACCAACCUCACCACAUUGCCUAAUUCGCUCCUAACUGGUCGCAAACGUUUGUGUGUCCAUAAUAGCACAACCGAAAAUUUUUGCGUCAUAAACGUUUGCGCCCAGUUUGGAGCGAAUCAAAGAAUCAUUGUGUUAUCAUGUUUCAAAAAUUAUAACGGCACAAACAAUAAGUUUUGCCGCACAAAUGACUGAUGUAGUUUUUAUUUGAAAUUUAAAAUACUGGGGGAACUUCACUCUAAUAAGGUUCCACGUGAAAGAACGUAUAAAAAUGUCAGGAUUGCACAGAACCGGGUAUGACGUUGCUGUAAGUGUAAUCGACCGGUCGGAAUUGUUUUAUUGUUGUAUUUUUGUGUUGUUUAGCACGAUGUGAUCGGAUGUCGUCUUAAAAGCUUUCUACCAGAAGCCUUUUUUGUAGUCUGUAUCAAAUGAGAAGCACAGAAUGUAUCUUUUUUUUUUUUUCCGUUUUUGUUGCCAAAUCUGCCAUAUUCUGCCUAAACUUGUUUACACAUGCUUGUGAUUUUUUUUUUCUCGCAGUUUGAAUUCCUUUUCCGUUAUAGGGGUCUUGACGACUGCUGUAUUUUUAACCUUGAAACUAGGAAGUAAUUACCACUUAAAGCGGUGUUUUGCAAUGGUCCAACAUUUUUACAUUUUGUUUUCGUUCUUUUUUUACGUCCGUCAACGGAAUGGCUCACGCCGACACUGAGUUGUUUUUAGGAAGAAAAAAAAUUGAAGAUUGAGUACGUUCAUAUCCAUCUAAAAAGUUAAAUUUAUAUAGACGACUCAGUUCUGUUUUAUGGGGCUGACAUGUUCCUUGAGUGCGUUCAUCUCCUUGUUUUUUUGACUGCUGUUGUGAUUUCAAGUUGGAUACAAAUGUACAGUGACGUCCGUUAAAAACCUUGUUUUUUGGAAAAAAACAUGUUUAUUGUCAUAGGUAACGUGAUGUUUUUUUUUUUUUUAAUUUAAGUAAACAGAUUCAAGGUAUGUUUUGUUCCUGUGUCCUUUUGUAAAGACUAAACUCAGCUUCAGCCACUUAGCAUGCUAACAAGCUUUCCCAAAUAGGGUUGCCACCCGUGCCUUGACAUAAGGAACGAUCCUUAAUUUGGAAUAAAUUGUUGUGUUCCGUAUUGAACUAAUACAGACUAUAUAUGAAUAGAUUUGUUUCUAUGCAUUUUAGGAGUUUUGGGGAUGUCCCUUUAUUGUUCUGCCUGUACAGCUUUGGGCGCGAGGAGGGCAUUCUGUAUUUAUUUCUGAAAGGUGACAAACCUAGUUCCAAAUUCGAGACGCGUCUAAUAAUUUUUGAAUGGUAGGGAUGGCAGCAGCCUAAUUAUUGUAAUGAUUUAUCCGCAAAAAUAUGAACUGAAAUCAAAGAGAAACCAGAACAAGAAUGAAAUGAUUCAAAAGAGAAUAUUUUGUUGAGAGCUAGAAAAUGCAAUUUAUGGAGAAAUUGCGACAGUAGCUUUGCUUUCUUGGUAGGUAUAUUGGGUCACUUCCUGUUUAUUUUGAGCCAUUUCGGCUUCACUUCCAGUAUAUAUCGGGUCACUCCCUGUUGAAUUUGAGGCAUUCCAUAGUCUCUUCCUGUUGAUAUCGGGUCAUUUCCUGUUGAUAUUUUGACGUACAUGGCCGUCAAUGGAAUCCAAGUGCAUUUGCAUCAAUAGGAUCGACAUACAUGGCCGUUAAUGGAAAAGUACAGGGCUGUCAAUGGCAAAAAUAA